CUCUGGGCCAACCACUAGGCAAAGCACUGUAGACAUCGCAUCGGAGAAAAUAAAGUCCCUGCCCUUCAGGGGCUUCUGCUCCAGCCCAGUGGAUAGAGACACAGCACAUACGGAAACAAUCGGGGAACCGCGUUCUCGCUGGAGAGAAGACGUAAAGCGGAGGAGGAAAGCGGUAGACGAUGCUUCGGAGGCUGAAUCAGCCUGAGGUCCAAAGCCCAACAUCACGGAAGGACUUUCCCCCACGCUCACAGAUCGCGUUCUGAUCAAGGAACGUGAAUAAGGAUUAAAGACUGGAACACAUUAAGGACGUCCUUUAUUAAAAACUAAGAAAGGCGCCAAAUCCCUAGCACUCAGCAGCAAUUCAAGUUCAGCAACUGUAGCAAACGGACUUUUGUUUUAAAACCGCAAGGGUAGGUGGUGGCAUCUGCUUCCUAAGCCCUGAAGCCCCAGCUGCCCUUCACCGUGUUGAGAAGGGAGCCCUCUGGGAAAGUUGGAUCUCAACAAACCUGUAAGGAGAAGGCAGCGGAGGUCACAGGACAGGUGACAUUCUUUCUUUAGUCAGGGAAUGAGGCUGUCAUGCUCCCUCAGGUUCCAGCUCAGGUGAAAAGAAGUUAACGAGGAAGAGGAGGAAGGAUAGAAUUUGGGGGAGCGAGGCGGCCUCCAGGAGCCACGGCCCGUCCGAUGCCAUGCGCUGCUCCGUCAGGCGCUGCCUGGUAACCCUGGUGGCCAUCGGCUUCCUGUGGCUUUUUGUCACUUUGAGGGUCCCCGAGGAAAUUGAAGAGGAUGAAGAUGUGAUGACCAUCAAAGGCCAGGAGGACAGUUACGGCAAAAGGAAAGACCCGAGGUCGCUGGAAGACUGGCAGAACCUUACCUUCAAAUAUAUUCAAACAAUUCAGUGGAGAAGAAAGACAUGGCUGACAGUGGGCAUCUCCUCAGCGACACAACCAGAUCAAAGAAACCUCCUGUACACCCUGGUCUCUCUGUUCCGUGCCUCCUCUAAGACUGAGCAGAAACGUCUCACAGUGCUGGUCCACCUGGCACACUCGGACCUCACCUGGCUCAGAGAAACCGUUCUCCGUAUUUCAACCCUGUUCAGCCCACAGAUCUUGGCAGGGCAGUUGCUACUGAUCCAUGCUCCGUCCGAUGCCUACCCGCCCUUGGAGGACAUGAGGAAGGAGGCCCAUCACGGGGAAUUCUACUCCAGGCAGAACAUAGAUCACGCCUUCCUCGUGAGCUUUGCCGCAAGGCUCUCCGAAUACUUCCUGUUACUGGAGGACAAUGUCUUUUGUGCCCCCAGUUUUAUCACCCACAUCCACUGGAAGGUGGACACCAUGAAGUCUGACCCCUGGGUGCUCCUGGAGUUCUCUAAUAUGGGCUUCCUUGGCAAACUCUUCCACAGCAAGGACCUCCCACUCCUGGCCCAUUUCCUCCUCCUCUUCUACAAGGAAAAGCCCCUCGACAGGCUGAUCCCCCACUUCCGUACCCUCCUAGCUCAGAAAACCCCAAUCAUCUGCAGACCUUUCCUUUUCUACUACAGGUUCUCCUACAUCUCUAAUGACACCCAGAAGGCCUCCCCCAUUCAGAAAAAGAACCUCGAUGGUCCUCACAACCCACCCGGAGCCAUUUUCACCGAUAUGAAGGUUUUUGAUGUUCAUUUCCCCUGGGAGGCCUACACUCUGGAUGAGUCAUUCUUCUGGACCCACAAUGUCAGUGCGGGGAACCACCUGACAGUCAUUUUGAACCACCCAGCGAACCUGAGCAGAGUGCAAGUGUUGACGGGCACCAUCGUGGAUGGAAAGUACACCUUAGAGAAGGGCGAAGUGGAACUGGGCUAUGACCCCGAGGGGAUGCCUCAGUACUGUACCAGCUUCACCUUGCUGGGCCAUCUCUUGGAAGGGCAGAUGAAUCAGGAGAUAUUUCUGAAAAGUAUAGGGUACAAUGUGAGCUGCAUAAGGCUGGUGGUGAAGGCUAGUCAGGUCGGCGGUCUUAUAAUCAGGCAUAUUUACCUCUGGGAGGAAAAUGCCAACGAUACGGAAGCAGCUCAGAGCUGAAGGUGAAUCAGUAGGAGUGUAAAAAAAUUAAAGUCUUGAAGCCGUUCCA